AAACCCCGUCGAUUCGCUGGUGCUUGAAGAGGAGCCAGAUCUCGAAACUUCAGCCCGCAUUUUGCUGGGGAAGAAUAAAAAUCUCUGAACUUUCGUUCCGUGCUUAUCUUCAUCGGCACUUCAAUCUCCGCAGUAAAGGACUAAGUUAUUUUACUUAGUUUGCUGAGUUGCAAGUCUUUAGCAGUCUGCAUAUGCUAUUUCGUGAAGGUGUAAAUGGGAUACAGAUAGCCCUCACCAAGAUUGAUACGUUGUCGGCACUCUCAGGGUUCUCUUUUAUUUAGUGAGCUGGUGAUUCAUGGCUUUACCCUCCAAACUUCCAUACCAGCUCAACCUCUUCCGAACUUUUUUGAAUGCAAAAGUCAAAUGGGUUCGAGACCCAUAUCUUGACUCUGUGGUGGAGAAAGAGAAGAAUCUCAAACAGGCAAUUUUCCUCAUGAACCAUAUUAUUUCAUCUCCUUCUGAAUCUCUUCCCGUCUCCACUGUUUCUCUGUUCAAAUCUCCUCUCAACCUUCCCACCACGACAGCCAAAUUCAUUGAUAAAUAUCAUUCAAUCUUCAUGCAAUUCCAACCCAGACCUGGACUACCUCCUCAUGUCAAGCUUACUCCUCCAGCCUUGGCCCUCCACAAAGAAGAAUUGGCCAUUCAUAGCUCUAUAAACAUCCGUCAAGAUAUUGUUAAGAGGCUUACAAGGUUUUUAAUGCUUGCUGGCAUUUCAAGAUUGCCCAUUUAUAUAAUUGACAAGUUCAAGUGGGAUCUAGGUCUUCCUCAUGAUUACAUAACAGUGCUUUUGGCUGAUUACCCUGAUUACUUUGACAUUUGUGGAGUGGAAGAUCCAUUGACAGGGAAAGAAGUGCUUGCCUUAGAGAUUGUUUCGUGGAGAAAGGAGCUUGCUGUGUCUGAGUUGGAGAAAAGGUUAAUGAACUCGUAUUAUGGUGGAGGAAAAAGAAGGCAUGAUAUUGCAUUCCCAAUGUGUUUGCCAAAAGGUUUUGAUUUGGAGAAGAGGGUUAAGACGUGGUUUGAGGAGUGGCAAUCAUUGCCUUACAUUUCUCCAUAUGAAAAUUCAUUUCAUCUUGAACCAAAUAGUGACCAGGCUGAGAAGUGGGUAGUGGCGAUUUUGCAUGAAUUACUUUGCCUUCUUGUGUCUAAGAAGACAGAGCGGAAAAAUUUGCUGUCCUUAGGAGGGUGUUUGGGGUUGGAGACAAGGUUUAGGAAGGCUUUGGUUCAUCACCCAGGAAUAUUUUAUAUUUCAAAUAAGAUUAGGACUCAGACUAUCGUGCUUAGGGAGGCUUAUAGAAAGGACUUUUUGGUUGAAAAGCAUCCAUUAAUGAGCACGAGAUAUUGGUACAUUCAUCUCAUGACAAAAGUUGAGAAUUACUUGAAACCUGCUAAGAUGAGGGAUAGUCAAGAAGUUAAAGCCUAGGAAUGGAACUGGACAUGUUUUGAGCUCAACUAGUUAAACUGACAAUUGGUUAUGUUUUUCUAAAUAAAGAUAUGGGCUUUGUAAGAUAUUACUGAGAUGUUUAUGGAAGUUAACAAUGUUGUAAUUUCCUACUGCUAGAACUGGAGGGUUACUCCCUUCAAGUUUCUUUGCAAUUCCAUAUUCCCAAGUGGUUGACUUUGUUUUGGCAUGUAAUAUAUGGUGAAGUAGAUCGUUAUAGAUUUGAACUCUAGCUUCGCCAAUUUCUUGAGAGCAGGCCACAAUGAGUUUCCUUGCAAAUCCCUUUACUCUCGGUGUGGAUGGCUUGCCUUUGUAUGAGCCAAGGAGGUGGAUUAAUUGAAGUGGUUGUAAGCUGACUUAGAUACCACUUCAAUUCUGUGAAAGAAAACUUUUCAGCACUUCUGUCACCAAUUUCUGUGGCAUCUUUAUAAACAGUGAUUUCUUGAUCCUUCAGAAAAGUGCAUUUGAUGAAGACCUGCACUUGAUAUUCUAUGACAACUUGCUACGUGGUAUGUUAGUAGUUUGCAAUAUGAGUGUCAGGAAAUGGAUGCCAGGGCUUCUCUUGUGGCAUAGCAGGGACAGGGCCAUCUUAUAGGAUGGUUUAUUAUUCUACUUUGGAUAGUUCGUGACCUAUUCCAAAAGCAAUGUUUCCUCAUUCUACUCUAUAAAGAGCCAUUUGGAAUGUAAUCAUGAUUGCUCUGGCUUCUGUUUGAGAUAUUGCCAUUUGAAACGUAAUUAUGUAGUCAUGUUAGGUGUACUAUCAUUUUCCUGUUUAUUUCCAUAAUGCUUGUCUAACUUUUUAGAGUCAUAAAAAACUAAAUAAUUGUUCCCCCCCUCAUGUUAAUCCACUAUAUAUAUGAUAAAACAACAAAUGAAUGGAAUUCCUUUUCAGAAUGUUUAAGAAGAUUAAUGAUCUCCAUAGCACACAUGAUAUAAAGGAAAAUUCAGCAAGAGGAAUUCUUCUGUAGGUUCUCCACAUAUCCCUUGGCCCUUUCAAUUCACUGUCUGCCGCCCUUCCUGCCCAAUCUGUCUUGAUCUCCUCUCUUCUGUUUCAUCUUCACUGUGAUCAUCUGAGUUCAGCAUCACGCAUUUUGCACCUUUGCCUUCUUUCUUGUCUUAUAGGUGUUCUCCAUGGUUGUGGUUUUGUCUCUGACUGUCAUCUCUACUCUCACGUUUGUGGCUCCAUAGAUCUGCAGCUAGGGUCGACAGUCCUCUGUUGCCUGGAUCUGCAGGUUCCUCCUCUUCUGUCCUCUCCUCCACUAUUGUCAUGUCCUCCUUCAUUUGCUUUGAGCUUUGCCGUCAUUAUUCCUUCUUCCUCUCCUCUCUCCUAUUGUCACCAGUCCCUCUUCAUUUACAUGCCUCAAGUUUGUGUAUGUGUCAUUCACCGAUGAAAGAUGAUUUUUUCGGUAAUGAUAUUUUUUUGGUGCAAAUUUAUUUGUCAGCGAGGUUUGAAUUGUUAGAUUUCUUCUUUCCCACACUAGAAUUUGGGUUCUGGAUUUUUUCUAAUUUUUAUUGUUUGAAUGAAUUUCAAGGAAUAAUAGUAAAAAUAAUUGUUGGUUUGGCUGAACAGUCUCCCAGCCUGGGAGACCGAGCUGGAUCCAGUCCAACACCGAGUUUGUUCUGGGUUGGACCAAACCAUGGUCUAACAUGUCAAGGCCAAAGGGAUUUCAAACCAAACCUUGGGUUAGAUAGAAAUCCGGUCUGGUAUGUUUGUCAUGCAGCCCUAUCUAUCUAUACAGGCCUAACUUUCUGUGUUUGCACAUAUUUGGAGACAGUAUGUUCAACUUAAAUUUAUGUUAUUUACUUUCAUAUAUUUAUGAAUGUUGUC